AACACAGAUAGUGCUAGUCAUGGACAGCGGUUGUUUCAGUAUAUGUACCACAAUGUCUAGUUAAGUGUCUAUGAUACAUGUAUCGUCUUCUCCACACAUUGUUUUAGUGGUAUAAGAACGAUGGUUCAAAUCAUUAUAAAUUCAAGUGUGGGUGCUGCUGGUCCUGAUGAAUGGCUACUGGUGGAACUCCAGGGGGAGAUGGUGUCCAGGCAAAACUCUGGACUGGCUGGGAACCUGAUGGGAGACCUGCUCUACACCAAAGAGGGUGUUCCUGUACUCAUUGUUGGACACCACAUCCUCUACGGGAAAGUGGUCAAAAUGGAGAAGCCCUUCGCUGUCCUGUUGAAGCACUCUGGCCUCCCUCGGGGGGAUGAGGUUCCCAUGGAAACCAACCAGGAGAGUCCUACCACCUACCAUGUUUCUGCCCUCAUCAAAAAGAAGCUCAUCUUCAAAACUCGCCCAAAGCCCAUCAUCACUAACGUGCCCAAGAAAGUGUAGUGAAGUGCUAGGUUCAUUAGGGCUCGCUUUUUAACAGCAUUGGCUUGUCAGGUAUUACCUCCCUGUUGCAGUUGCAGUUCUUCUGGGUGUGCCUUAUGACCUUGACCCUUUUAAUUUCUUUGAUAUUUGUUCAGACUUGUCAAUGGUUACACUGCUGGAGUGUGUGUGUGUGUGUGUGUGUGUGUGUGUGUGUGUGUGUGUGUGUGUGUGUGUGUGUGUGUGU